GUGUGCUCACCAGUGGGCCUCUCACAACUAGGACUAGGAGUGGGACGGUGUGGGAAACAGUAUUACUUCGCAACACCAGCUGCAUCACUCUCUCCUUAACUUCUGUGAGAAACUGAGUGGCAAAGUACUGAGGAAACCCUUCUCUCUAUCCCCUUCUACCAAACCCAAUUUCAACACCUCUCCACUUUCUAAAACUUUCAAGAGGCCCUAUAACAAUUCAGCACCGUUUAAGGAUCCCAAAAACCAUUAGCAAGCAAGAAGCAAAGCAUUUUUAUGCACUAGCCAACGCCGAAAAACUCUUUUCGUUACUCAGAUUGGAAAACCCACUUCUCCCUUCCACACAACCCAGCCAUCAAAGCCAACCCCUGAAACUGAAAAACAAGUUAUGUCUACUCAUGGGAUUCUGUUGUCUCUCUUUCUUGCCCUCUUCUUCGCCUUUGCCAGUUGCAUCCCUCCAAAUCAAGCAGCUUUACUCCAUGCAAACGAGUCGCCAGCAGAGGAAGAGAUGGUGCCAUUGGUGGAGCAAGGCAAAUUUGAGAUGGUGGAGUUGAAUGAGACAAGGAGGAGAUUGGGGAGCUUCCAGAUAUGUGCACUGUGCACUUGCUGUGGUGGAGCAAGAGGGGUGUGCUUGCCAUCUCCAUGUUGCUAUGCCAUCAAUUGCAACAUCCCAAACCGCCCUUUUGGCUUCUGUUCUUUCACUCCCAAGACCUGCAAUUGCUUUGGAUGCCAUCUCUGAGCCCCUCCUCCACUUCCUACUCUGAAAAUAAUAUUUUGUCUUCAUCUGUUCUACUUUAUUAAAAUUUGGGGGGGGGGGGGGGGAGGGGGUAAGCUUUAUUUCUGCUAGGGAGCGUGAGUGGGGAAGAAUAUCUGUGUUAGAUUCUUGAAAAGAAAAAGGGAAGAAGAAUUGUUUAUAAGGUAACUUAAGUCGUAAUUUGUUAUCAUCACAUAGGGAAUCGCUAGUUCCAGAUGGGUUUUGCUAUUUGUAGCUGGGGUUUAUUUUUAUUGUCAUUUGGCAAGAGGAGGUGGUUUUUGCUGGAAAUAGCAAGACCUUGCCUGUGAAAGCUUUGGCAGUUUAGGAUUCCUAUGAACGUUGUCCUUAGUACAAGCAAAUGGGUCCUUAUUUUUA